GGCGGAGUGAGGCGCAGUCGUCCGCCUAGGCUUUGGCCCGGCUUCCGGAGAUGAAAUGAUGGGAUGCCUGAGAUUUGCUUCAAAAUAAUCUGUGAUGUUUGGCCACUUUCAAGGGUAUUUCUCAUGUUCUUCCAUUCCACGUGGGAAGCCAAGGGAAGUCUUCCAUGCAUAAUAAGGAAGGUGGGAGUCAAUCAUUUUGACAAGUCUUCUGAAAGGAACAGCUAGCAGGAGCUGCAACCUUUUUCCAUUUGGUCUCGUGGCAAAGGCAGAGAUCUCCAGCAGCUCUACACAAUAUGACGUGCUCGUUAGUGCCCUCUGAACAGUCUUCUGGUACCUAUCUCUUGCCUAAAGACAGUGCCCCAUUUUCUUGGAGUUCCUUGGAUGAGGAUGGAUUGGAUGACUCCUUGCUGGAUCUAUCUGAUGGAGAAGAAGAUGAUGGCCAUUUCAGUUACACAGAGGAACAGAUUGAGGAGCUCUUGAAGGAUGAUGACUCAUUCCCAUCAAAUGAGCUCUCUUCUUGGGGAGGAGGGUCAUGUAAAGAGGACGGCGGGCAUGUUGAGAAGGAAGGGAGAGGGAGUCCAAUUCUACUUGAUACUUCCCAAGAGAAAAAUUCAUUGUACAGCUUGGGACCAGUAGCUGAGACCCCUGGCCCCUUCAAACUACCUCAACUAAGUACAUCAGUUGGUCAUGGACCAACUACUACUAAACCAUUAAAUAGACACUCUGCACUAGAAAAGAAUCUUAUAAAAGUAACUGUUGCACCAUUUAAUCCAACAGUUCCUGAUGCUGUGCUUGUUAAGGACAAGACUGAUUCAUGCAAAGAUUCUGAAAAACCCUCCUCCCUUAGGGAAGAGAUGAGAGAAGAUGGUCUUAUCCCAAAUGAGAGCAAACUUUGCACUGAAUCUGAAGGGAUCAGCCCCCAUAACUCUGCCUGGGAUGGGCCCCCACUCCCUUCUCUUUCAAACAAUAACUUCCAACAGACUGUCCCAGAUAAAAAUAUACCUAACAGUAAGAAACGUACAACUGUAUUCUCUCAGAUCUCAGACCAUUCAGAGACUCCUCCUAGUAUGGGGUCAUCUUGGAGAAAAGGUGGCUCCCGUAAAUCAAGUUGUGAAAUGAGGUUUCCGGUUGUUUCCAGUUUAUCAAAGAAACAGGAUGUUCCUGACAAGGAUUCUGCAAAGAUUCUGGGCAAAGUCAUUCCUGUUCAACAAACCAAAAGCAGGACUAAUGUUUCAACGUUUUCACAAUCAGAUCUGGAACAACAGAAGCAAAUUUAUCUCAAGCAUGUCAUUGCUCAUAUAAAAGACCCAGAGGACUCUAACCAAGGUCCCUUCGGGGAGCUAUGUGCCUUGAUGGAUCAAGUUCAUCAUAUGCCGAACUCAAAAUGGCAGCAUCCAUCGGACCUCACCAUGCGGAACUAUGCCCGGUUCCGACAGAAACCUCUGCAAAGAUACAGUCUGACUCAAUGGGUUGACAGGAACAUGCGAAGCCACCAUCGGUUCCAGCGUCUCCCAGACUUCUAGUACAGUCCAUUUGCUCAUCGCAUCAGCAAUGAUGUUCCCUAUCCAGGGUCCUGUCUAGAGCAGAAUCUCAUUUUCUUCCACUGUUUCAUGCUAUGUAGGUUUUUAAUUUUAUUUUUCACAAGAUUUUUAUUUAAAGAAUUUGUUACCUUUUGGAAAUGCCCAUUGCUGACUUGAAUUUUUUUGUAUGAGGUCCCUACUGAUUUUGUGCAUGUGUGUGUGUCUGUCUAUGUGUAAGCAGUGUUAAGUUGAUAUCAUUUUUUAAUUUUUAAUUUAAAUUGAAGGUGACUGCCUCCUGAAAGCCAGCAUAAAGCCAAAACAAACACCCAGGCUUAAGCAAAGCACCCACCUUUAUGCAGAGGUGAAGUCUACUUCUGCUGCCCAAAAGAAGUAAUUUUUUAAUCUCCCGUAUGGAAGAGAUUCUUUACCUGGCUACAAGCCAGUGUUAAUUAUUACCAAAGACUUGUGAAUGGAUAUAAGUCACUUAACAACCCCUCUUAUUUUCUUAUUUGAAUCUCUGAAUACCUGUCAGUAUUUUAAAGUUGGCAAUCCAGGACACACUAAGUAGGAUGGAGAAGGAGAAAAAUCCUGUUGAAAGGACAGAUAAAAAUUAUUAAGUUCUCUCCUCUCCUUUGUGUACCUACUAGCUCCCUUUAUUUAUUUUUUUAGCUUUGUUUUUUUCAUUCUUUGUUAAACUUAAUUUGCAUAGUAGUGUUUACAAAUCUUACACAUCUUAACUCUGACAGAAGACUGCUGACUGACCCCUGUUGAAUACCUUAUGGUCUUGUGACUGAUUGUCUCCUCUGCCCUUCUUCAAGGAUUUUCCUUCUCUUUUUUCCACCCUUAGUUACCACCCUGACUCUUAAGUGUCUAUCGGUGGUAUUCCUGUAUCCUGUUAGACAUGGAUAUGCCUCUUCAGAACGGCCCCCCUGCUCUCUCCAUUGAAGAGCUGCCCACCCAGAGUCUUGAUUCUGGGACAGGCCAUUGCCACUGAAGAGUCAGUUGGUUUUCACUUUCAUCUGCUGAACUUGAAGUAUCAAGUAUGGGUGUUAAUCAGGGAGUCUCCAUCCUGUGGCAGAGAUUUUGGAGAGGCAUUCUUUUGUCUCCAUUAUUGGUUAACAAGAGGUGCCUUUAGACCCUGGAUGUUACCAUUUCCUCACUUGGUCAAGCUCCUGACGUAUAGUUUCACAUUACUGCUAAAGAGAGUCUAAUAUAGUUGUGGUUCGGGGCCGGCCUGUGGCUCACUCGGGAGAGUGCGGUGCUGAUAAUAUAGUUGUGGUUAGGCCUAUGCACAAAAGCAUUACCUGAUCUUAAAGAUUAGUAUUCUAACUAAAGUUGACAGACUGUGCAUCUGUCUUAAUGGGUGUCUUAGGAGUUUGUUAUUCUCACUCUAUACACAGCUCUAGACAUCAUUUUGGGAGGUUUUGCAGUCUGCUACUGUUGUUCAUUCUCUUUGAAGGUUGUUCAUAGUUGCUGUAGCUUCUGUAUGGUUUUGUUUCAUCAGCCCUACCUUAGUAUGUGAGUAACCCAUCUUAAACAUCAUGCCCCACUUUAGAAACUGACUUGGGAAAAGCUUGGUCAUUCAAGCACCCGUAAAUUUGGAUGGAUAUUCCUAAAUGUUUACAGUUUUAUCCAGUCCAGGAUUUUCUUUUCCUUGGACAUUUGGUUUAGAUUAUGGGGCCAAAAUGCAACUGAGAAGUUCUGUUCAAGGCAAUAGUCAAAAUCUAUUAUUUCAGUUGGCAUAAUUGGCAUUUACUACGUCAGUCACUUCUCCAGGCUGCUCUAAAGUAGCUUGAUGGAGUGAGACAUGCCAGACAUACACCUAUGGGACCACAGCAUAAUUAAAAUUAAAUGUAGUUGGAAUAGCUAGCAUUGCAGCUGUCUAGUUUCCCACAGAUAACUUGAGGACUAAAGGGAGAGAACUUUGCUUAGGCAAAAAUAUAAGACUCAUGUUCCAGCCCUCCUGGUACAGGAAGGUUUAAGACUGAAUGUGUAAUGGCAGCAUUGCCUUUGCCAAAUCAAAUGAGUGACAGGUUAACUAGAAAAUGUGACAAUCACAUUUCCUCUUAGCUCAAAUAAUUCUGUUUUUCCAAAGUUUUAGCAGCUUAAUUAAAUCUGUUGGACUGGAGGAGGAGAGAGCUGUUCUCUAGUGGUUAACAUUAGGUAUUCUUUAAGAAGAAAAAAGAAAGCCAAAGAAAACUCAUUUGGCAUGUUCGCCUUAAAGAUGGUAGUGGGUAGGAUCUGGAGUUUUAAUCUCUUUUCAAAGCUGCAUAUCUCUUAUAUUUGGUGUUGGCCUCUAAGUCUAAUAUUUCAGGUGGGAUUCUUGGUGUAUUUUUUAUUUGAAUAAGGGUUAUGUGCAUUUAAUGGCCUCACCUAGCUUUCUUCAUCCAUGAUGACAUUCUCACAAGAGUCUUGACAAAGCAGAGUAAAAAUGUGCUGCUUACAUAGUUUACUUGUAAGUAAGGAGCCUGAAAUAACCUGUAGUUUCGCAUCUAUUACAGGCCCGGGUUUACUUGUGUUGUUGUCAGGAUCAAUUAUGAAACUGAAGUUUGGUGCCUCCUCUUUAUCAUAUUUUUUCCCUUGUAACAGUUGUGUUUAAUG